UCAAGAUGAUUAUUUACUCUGAUUAUAUAUAUAAAAGAAGGGCGUCCUCAUUGCCGGCCAGUUCAUGUCUUUAGUUGUAUAUUCAGUCUCUCUCUCUCUCAUUCAAACAAUUAUAAAUUCGUCCAAGUUAUGUCUUGUAACUUGGAAUAUGACUUCUGUUAUAUAGAAUAGCUAGGGUUUAUUUAUUUAUUAAUGUAAACUAAUCCAAGUUGCUUCUUAUAAAAAGAGCGUUUGUAUUCUCCAACCCGCCGUGAGCCCGUGUGUUCUCCGUGUCAACCCACCGGGCAAAAGCACAUUGAAAGUUCACAAACUCAAGUAUGUUCAGUCAUCAGUGCAAUCCGGAUCCUAUCUCGUCUCCUAGACUGUCAAAUGUACAAGAGAGUCGAUAGGAACCUGCACAACUUGAACUUUGGCGGACCAUUGACCAAUUAAAGUCAAACAGAGAGUGUGUGGGCACCACCACACCAAGAGAGUGAUCAUUUCCCGCAACGAUGUCUGACUUAAGAAGGUACCUGCCAGUGUACAAGGCUAUAAUGAAAGGCGAUUGGGAGAGCGCGAAAAGAUUGUUGGCCCAAGAUAAAAGUGCAUUGACAGCCUAUGUCACUGCAAACAACGAAACACUACUUCACAGAGCAGUUGGGACACACAAAGCAAUUGAUUUUCUGGAGAAGUUAGUAGAACUAAUGCCAUGGGAGGCACUUGCUCUACGUAACUAUCCAAGCGAGACAGCCCUAUGCACUGCAGCCAGAUUGGGCAACACAAAAGCCGCAAUGAUAUUGGUGGACAAAAACCCAGCAUUGCUUCAAAUGAAGAACAACGAUGGUUUGUUUCCAGUUCACUUGGCUGCUUUGUAUGCCCACAAGGAAACGCUUUUAUAUUUAAUGAAGGCAACCAUAGACCAUCACCAUCCCACUCCAUAUGCAGACCAAUAUUCAGGUGUUCGGCUUCUUGUUCAUGUUAUAGAUUCUGGAUUUUUAGACGUGGCCCUGGAUUUGGUUCAACGCGACCCUGAUCUGGCUACAUUCAUUAAACUUGAUAAUGGUGACUAUCCUCUGCUAGCAAUAACCAAAAAACCAUCUGCAUUUCCAAGUGGAUGUCGCCUCAACUUUUGGCAGCGUUUCAUCUAUUCUCGUGUUCCUGUGAAGUUGGAGAACUACUCUAACAACCCAAAUGCUGGUGACAUUGAGAACCCAAAUGCUGGUGACAUUGAGAAUCCAGCAGACAACUGUCAAUGGCCAAAAUUGCAUGUCCUACUUGCCAAAGUCAUGGAAUUAGUAACUCCUAUCAAGCACAUCCGAGAGGAAAAAUUGAGGCAUCUUCAAGCUCUUCAACUCGUCAAAUGCUUGUGCCAAGGAAUGUAUUCAUUUAGUGAUUACUACGGAACCGGGCAAUUCUUCGAGAAUGCAUACCUUGAGUCGGCAAGGAUGGGUAUUCAUGAGAUUUUAGAAGAACUGGUGGAUACAAUUCCCGAUUCAACUUGGUACAUGGAUGCAGAUGGUCGUUACAUAUUUCAAAUUGCAGUUGUAAACCGUAAUGAAAAUGUUUUCAACCUCGUCUAUCAGAUGAGUGAGCAUAAGCAGUACAUAACACACUUUAGAGACAAUUUUAAUAACACAAUAUUGCACUUGGCCGGAAAGUUGGCGCCUCCACAUAAACUCAAUCUUGUUUCAGGUGCUGCUCUGCAGAUGCAGCGUGAGUUACAAUGGUUUAAGGAAGUGGAGAAGUUUGUAAUCCCAGCCUACAAAGAAAUGGAAAACAAUGCUAAAAAAACUCCAGCAAUGGUAUUUAGUGAGGAACACAAGGACUUGGUAAGUGAAGGAGAGAAAUGGAUGAAAGAGACAGCAAAUUCAUGCACCAUUGCAGCGGCACUCAUUGCCACUGUAGUAUUUGCAGCAGCUAUUACUGUACCAGGUGGCAACAAUGCAGAUGGCCUACCAAUGUUUUCCAAACAAAUUGGCUUCAUUAUAUUUGCAGUGUCAGAUGCAAUCUCUCUCUUCACAUCCACAGCUUCCUUGUUAAUGUUCUUGUCCAUCCUUACAUCGCGCUAUGCAGAGCAAGAUUUUCUGUACAGUCUACCAAAAAGGUUGAUAAUCGGUCUUGUUACCUUGUUCCUCUCAAUAACAUCCAUGAUGAUAACCUUCAGUGCCACGCUCUAUCUUGUGUUUGGCCACAGAAAAGGAUGGAUUCUUAUUCCAGUGGCUGCAUUAGCCUGUUUACCAGUGACCUUAUUUGUUUCCUUACAAUUCCCCCUACUAGUGGAUGUGAUCUCUUCGACAUAUGGUCCUGGCAUUUUCAGUAAGCAAAGUGAUCGUUCAUUCUUCUAAGAACACCGAGAAGGUGAAGGAGUUUGAGUUGCUGCUUCUAGGUACUCUACAUUUGAACCCACAAAGUUAUCGAUGUAUUUUUAAUAGCAGUAUUUAAAAGAUUUUGCACAUGGUGCAAAUCCAGAUUUGUGUGUCGGACACCGUGGGAUAUGCCAGGUGUGUUUAGAAGUUGGUUGGAGCAUUUUUUUGAGUUUAGGAUUCUUGGGAAUGCAUGGGUUGCCAUUUCGAUAUUUUUUUAUUUUUCGAGAUAGGAGGUCCCAUGUGCGACCCGUUACCGGAGUUGUUGAGCACGGGAAUAGUGUUUCGGGUCCAUUGCAUUUCAUGUCUUUUAUGCUUCUUUACAUGUUUAUUUUGUGGUUGUAAUUGAUUAGUGUAUAGAUAUGUAUACGUAUUAAUGUUAAGAAAUAUUUGUUUAUUCUA